CCAUCUAAAUACAGAGGGGAGAGGAGGGAGGAAGAGACGACCCUGUUUUCUAUAUAUAACUCCAAGUAAGUCAGUAGGUGUAUGUGUACGCAGUUGGCCUGAUCACACUAUAACCACGCGUAGUCAACACGCACCGUGAGCCGGACGGAGGUAGUAAACAGGUAAGGAGGCUGUGUUGACAUAACACAGAGAUACUUCCACACUGAUGGUCUUUUUAUGUUUACUUUAAAAUGAUACACUUGAGUCGUCCGAGCUCAGCUGUGUGCGUAACGUCGUGCGUAAAACUAACUUGUUCCGUGCGUAAUAUGAGAAUAAACUGGUGAAUUGAUGGAUGCGGGACUACUGUACUCGGAAAUUUAAACCUAAUUCUCACUUCCGUGUUCUGUCCUAACGGAGCGGACCGACCCAUUUCACACUGUAUGCUACACUUUCCGAGUAAUUUUACCCCGUGGAUUUAUUUACAUUGCAAGGUCAAACAUGAGAUAAAGCUGAGGCACUGCCGCCUCUGGCCUAUUGAACCAUGGAGGGACUCUACUUUGAAGUGAAGCCCAGAGGAAACACAGCUCCCAGGCCAGGGAGCUCCAAGAAGCCCCCUCCUAGUCUAACUUCAAACCACCAAUCGUGCCCAUCUUUUCUACGUCUCAACUCCUCCACAUCUGCUUGUGAAACUGAGGAAGCAGAAGAGGAGGUGCAAUACAGACUAAGAUUGAUUGGUUCUCUGCCUGUCCAUCACCUGACCACUAUGGCCAUGCUGCCCUGGAUUGUAGCUGAGAUCACCAGGUCCAAGCCUCUAGAGAGGGAUCAGUGUGCUGGACAGAGGUCUGGAGGACUUAAAAUUGGACAUUUGGACACCUCUAACUGGAAUCAAUCAGUUUGCCUCUGUGUAUCAGCAUCAUGGGUGCGGUGUGUGUCCGUCUGUGCUGAGCGAGUUGUCUGGGACCCUCUUACACAUUCAGUGUUGUUUGAAUGUCGUCCUCAUCAGCUGACCAAGCUAAUUCACAACAGCCAGGAGCCCAGCAGCUUUGGCUGCCUGGUCAGGGGAAAUGCAAACUGUGCCUGCUAUGUUUUCCAGUGUCAAGACAGCAGUAAGGUUCCUGAGAUCAUCAGUACGCUGAGGCAGGUUGGCAAGAGCUCAGCUCGUAAUGAUGACCUUACCUCCCUUUCCAACAAAACAUCCACGUGUUCUGGUGGAAAUGAUCCCCCUGAAAAAAGCCUCAAUUUUUCUACUCUCUCCGCGGCAACAACAGGAUCCACAUCGGCCAUCUCUCCAACAGCCUUUGCCAAAAAGUUUGAGGUGUUGUUCUGUGGCCGUGUGAGUGUUGCUCACAAAAAGGCCCCACCUGCAUUAAUUGACGAAUGCAUUGAAAAAUUUGGCCGGUUGCAUGGCACUGGAGCUACUGAUAAAGGAGGAACUGGUGGGGGAUUAGUGGAUGGGCUAAGGAGGGCAUUGGCGUUCCAAUCAAAUGGAGUUGGAGCUGGUGUUAACGGUAAUGGUGCUGCUGGGAGUCCCACUCCUGGGAAACGUCCCGUCCUGUUCAAACGAGACCCCAGUUUCCCUAGUUUGCAGGCCUUGGAUGAAAACGGACUGUCACCAGAGAUGUCCAUUACCAACACUACUGAUGCACAAAACCAGUCUGGAGUCCAACCCACCAGCCUGCAGGAGAACAGGACCAUGUUGUUUACGGUGGGCAGGUCACAGAUUUAUUUGGUCAGUCCAGACACUAAGAAGGUUGCUAUAGAGAAGAGUUUCAGAGAAAUUUCCUUCUGCUCACAGGGUAUUCGACAUGUGGAUCAUUUUGGCUUCAUUUGUAGGGAGACUGUGGAAGGAGGCACCUGCCACUUUGUUUGCUAUGUCUUCCAAUGUACAGAUGAAUCACUGGUAGAUGAGAUAAUGCUGACUUUGAAGCAGGCGUUCUCUGUGGCAGCCCUGCAGCAGAAUGCAAAGACCCAGAGCCAGCAGUGUGACAGCUGCCCCAUGCAGCAGCUCCACAGACUGUGUGAGAGGAUAGAAGGUUUGCAUCCAUCUAAAAUCAAGCUGGAACUGCAGCGACACUUAGCCACUCUGGACAACCAGGAGCAAGCUUCAGUAUUUGAAAACACUAUGAGGGCUCGACCUAAGAGCGACCAGGAGGAGAAUGAGUUGGUGAUGGCAUCUUUGAGGAGUCUGUAUGAGGAGAGACAGAAGAGUCAUCAACACAGCCUACAUGUGGACAGCAAACAGAUUUGUGAGGAUGCAGCAUCAGCCCCUGUGGAGGCACAGCAGCAGAGUACCAGUCGGCAGCGACUUGAGCAGUUCAAGAGUCGAGCUAAGCGCUCGCUCACAGAGUCCCUGGAGGGCAUCUGGAAGGGGAGCAGCAAGGCCAGAGCUCAGAGAGAGAACAGUGAAGGAAGUGACGGCAGCGCCUCCAUUUGUACAGUUAACAGUAGUCUGGACCAGCCCUGCUUAGAUGAUCCCUUACCUGCCUCCUCUCCUCUCCUCUCAAGACCUACCAGCCCACUCAGGUGCCAUAACUCAACGGGUGACCUGAAACAUCUUGACAACUCCAUCCCCAUGUCUCAGUCAUCUUCUUCAUUACCUGGUGAUGGUCAGCCACAGGGUUUUCGCAGACGAGCCAGUACAUUCAGCCACACUCCCACUUCCUCCUCAGCAGAGUACCUGCCGGUGCUCACAGUAACCCACUCGCAAGAAGAUCCUUCCCCCGUUUCUAAGCCCAAGCUUGUACGACACUAUUCCGUCAGCACAGACAGUCCACACCAGAGCAAACCUGUCUCAACAAACUCCACCCUUCCUCCUGUUUCUCCCUUCCCUUCAUCACCGUCUUUACCCCCUCAUCAUCCUUCCUCUCCUUUAACUGGAGCCCGACUCAAUAAAAGGAGCCCUCUGGGUGGUCUGCGUGCUCGUCUCCACUCCUCCUCCUCUGUUCCUAAUUUUCUGAAAUUUCAAUUUCUGGCUCCUGUCCAAGAGAAUGAUUUUCCUGAACCAAAGAGCAGUGAUGUAGCAGCUUUAUCCACACCAACUGCUGCAUGUCGGGUAGGGGAAAGCCCCCUGCGCAGCCACCGCCACUCAUGGAGGCAGCAGAUCUUCCUACGGGUCGCUACACCUCAGAAGAGCACAGAGGCCAAUGACCGGGGGGAUUCCUGUCUUGAUGGGGGUCACGUCUGCCCUGGCCAGGCAGGAGUUGGAGGAAGUGGGGACAUGGGGUCCAUGAGGGUGGUACCUGAGGAGAAGAUCAGAAGGAGCAAAGAGGAGUUGAGGGAGCUCUGGAAGAAGGCCAUUCUGCAGCAGAUCCUGCUGCAGAGGAUGGAGAGGGAGAACCAGAAACUACAAGCCUCAGAAAGUGAUCUGCAAAACAGGCGCUUAAAGCUCGACUAUGAGGAAAUCACUCCAUGUCUGAAGGAGGUCACUUUGGUCUGGGAGAAGAUGCUGGGGACCCCUGGGAGGGCAAAGGUCAAAUUUGACACUGAGACUAUACAUGCUGCUGUUGCACAAGGUGUCCCGAGGCAGCAUCGAGGAGAGAUUUGGAAGUUUCUGUCCGAACAGUACCUGCUCAGGCAGACUGUCCCCUCCCGACCCCCUGCCAAUGACACUCCAUACAAAGAACUUCUCAAACAGCUCACCUCACAACAGCACGCCAUCCUCAUAGAUCUUGGUCGCACUUUUCCCACUCAUCCGUAUUUCCAAGCCCAGCUGGGGGCAGGGCAGCUGUCGUUGUAUAAUUUGCUGAAGGCCUAUUCAUUGCUGGACCCUGAGGUGGGCUACUGCCAAGGCCUGUCCUUCAUUGCAGGAGUGCUGCUGUUACACAUGGGGGAGGAGGAUGCCUUCAACAUGCUCAAAUUUCUAAUGUAUGACAUGGGGCUCCGCAAACAGUACAGGCCUGACAUGAUUAUCCUGCAGAUUCAGAUGUACCAGUUAUCACGACUGCUCCAUGACUACCACAGGGAUCUGUAUAGCCACCUAGAGCAGCAGGAGAUCGGACCCAGCUUAUACGCAACGCCUUGGUUUCUCACCUUCUUCGCGUCACACUUCCCUCUUGGCUUUGUCGCCAGAGUCUUCGAUAUGUUAUUCCUGCAGGGGUCAGAGGUCAUCUUCAAGGUGGCCUUAAGUCUGCUGGGGAGCCAUAAACCUCUAAUCCUGCAGCACGACAGCCUCGAGUCCAUAGUGGACUUCAUUAAGACCACACUGCCCAAUCUGGGCCUGGUGCAGAUGGAGAAAACCAUCAACCAGGUCUGUGGGAUGGAUGUAUCCAAGCAACUCCAGGCCUAUGAGGUUGAGUACCAUGUUCUGCAGGAUGAGCUUCUUGACACACCUCCGACCCUCAACCAGCACCAGCGAGCAGCACAGCUGGAACGGACCAAUCAGAGCCUCCGACAGCAGAACCUCGAUCUGCUUGAGGAGCUACAGGUGUCCCAUGCUCGUGUGUGCAGCCUGGAAAACCAAGUGCAGGCUCUGGUCCACUCCGAGGGCCGUCUGAAGGAACAGGUGUCGGCGCUGGAGCAGGAGAAGAAGCAGCUGCUGAGCACUGUGACGCGGCUUCAAGACCUGCUCACCAGCCUGGGCAUCCACUCGUCCCCCGAUGGACACACAGUCCCCACACCCACUGGGGUUAAAGAUACACAGGGGCACCAGGACUGAACACCCCCUACCCCACCCAUUAGCGCCUCCAGAGAGCUCAUAACUGCACUCCCACUUCUUCCAAAUGGUAGAGACGACCAGAGGAGGAGCUGGUUAUGGAACAAAUAAAAGGCCCAGGAAGAGAAAAUUCCCCACAGCAACCUUUAUCCUCCUCUUACCUCCAAAGUGUUUUUAUGUAAAGAGGACAGACGAAGGAUCAGAAAUGAGAAGAAAAGGUGGAUGGUUUUAAACAAUGACACUCCUGAGUGUUUUCCCACAUUUGUUGGAUGACUGUGAUUGAUUUGACCAUUAAUCCCCAAAGACAGCGCUGUCCCACUGGUCCUCUUCUCUAAAACCAAACAUUUGCACCUGUAUAUGUUCGUCUUUAAAUGUCUGUUAGUGUCGUCACUAAUGUGUUUUAUGCUCCUAUAAGAGGGUUUGUUUAAAUGUGUCAGAUGCUUCAAGGCUAAAGCAGCCAAAGAAUGUCCUUACUUUUGUAAAGCAAGCUCGGACAAGCACUCAUUUAUUCUGAAAGCCUAUGCGUGUAAUGAGUAAUAAAUACAAAGAUGAGCAGUUUCCAAAGAAAGAGAAGAGACAAGUGGCGCAGUGAUGGGUGAUGAAAUAAACUUUAUGAAGACGUGUGUUCUUGCAAAGGGUUGAACGUCAUAUAAGCUGAUAGAUGUUGGACGACGGUGCUCAUAUUCAGAAGUACUUAUGAAGGCUUCCACAGUUUUGUAUCCAUCAUUUCCCAGAUCCUAUGUCUGUUCUAGUUCAGGUAGUUUAUCAGGAAAGCAGCACAAUAAAUGUCAACAAAUGUCAGAUCCUUGUUUUUUUCCCCACCUUUCAAAUAUAUGCUGAUUAAUCUGUGUAGAAAGGGAAGCAGAUGCCAUUUCACCUGAAAACUUCUAAACAGUAGCUGUGCCUUUCAAGUUGUGAAAUGGAUCCGACUUUUACAGCGAGCCGGAUCAAUCAAAAAUCUGUUUUAUGGUGACAAUCUGUCAGCACUUAACCAUUUACUGUAUUCAACACACUGAAUUCCUUCGACCUAAGCUGCAGCUCGGCGUUUGUAUGUGAACAUGUAUAAGUGUUUGUGUGUGUGUGUGCUCUUGAAUUCAAGCACGUCACUGAUUGCAACAAAUCUGUUGAUUUACACUGUAAAAAUAUUUUGCUUUUACUCCUGACUAUCCUUGCACAUCUUUUUGUUUCUUCAUUUUAUUUGAUUAUAACUAUUAUUUUGUUCUUGAAAAUAUAUUUCGUAUCCUUUCA